UGCCAUAACUGGGGGCGUCGGCGGAAUUGAAAAUCCCAUUCCCGCCGCCGGCGGCCACACUCUAGAAGAAAUCUUGGCCGCAAUAGAAACCUUGCAACGAGAGAACGAAGAAGCGCGAAGCAGAGAAGGAAAAUGUCGUCGGUGAUGAACAUGUUCGGGUGCGGGGUGGUGAGGGCUCCGCCGCAAGCAUUGGGGAUUGGGAAGAGAAGCGGUGGAGGAUUGACGAUAGUGUGUUCGUCUCGGCCUCAGAAGAAAGCGACGGCGCAUCACAGGAAGACGCGGCCAUGGAAGACGCAGCCGUGGGAUAUAAAUCGGAAACCUACGGUGUACGAUCCUCUGCCUCCUCUUCCUCCCGAUUGGACGCUCGUUAUUCCCGCCGAUGCUUCCGCUGCUCCUCUGCCUCCAACUCCCGCUCCCUAGCCACUGUGUUUGUUCUCUUCAACCCUAACAUGCUUCCUGCUACUAUUCAUAUAUCUAUAUCUGCUUCUAUUUCAUGUUCA